GCCACCGCCGCCGCCGGAAGCGCCCUCAGAGCUGCCGGAAGGGCUCGCGGGGCGGCGGGAGCGCGCAUGCGCAGAGACGGGAGCGCGCGUGCGCCGGGGAGAGAGCGGAGCCGCGCGCAGACUGUCCAUUUCUCGGGGUGCUGAAGGCCGGGAAUCCCAGCCAUGGAUUUCCAGCACCGGCCCGGGGGCAAAACGGGCAGCGGGGGCGUGGCCUCGGCCUCCGAGAGCAACCGCGACCGGCGGGAGCGGCUCCGCCAGCUGGCCCUGGAGACCAUCGACAUCAACAAGGACCCCUAUUUUAUGAAAAAUCAUCUGGGCUCCUACGAGUGCAAGCUUUGCCUGACACUGCACAACAAUGAGGGGAGUUACUUAGCACAUACCCAGGGGAAGAAGCAUCAGACCAAUUUGGCACGACGAGCUGCCAAGGAAGCCAAGGAAGCCCCAGCCCAGCCUGCCCCAGAGAAGGUGAAAGUGGAAGUGAAGAAAUUUGUGAAAAUUGGGCGUCCAGGCUACAAAGUGACCAAACAGAGAGACCCAGAAACAGGCCAGCAGAGCCUUCUCUUCCAGAUCGAUUACCCAGAGAUAGCAGAGAGCAUCAUGCCCCGGCACCGCUUCAUGUCGGCCUACGAGCAGCGCAUCGAGCCCCCGGACCGGCGCUGGCAGUACCUGCUGAUGGCAGCUGAGCCCUACGAGACCAUUGCCUUCAAGGUGCCAAGCAGAGAAAUUGAUAAAGCAGAGGGAAAGUUUUGGACUCACUGGAACAGAGAAACCAAACAGUUCUUCCUUCAGUUCCACUUCAAGAUGGAGAAGCCCCCGGCGCCCCCAAACCUCCCCCCGGGGCCCCCGACCGUCAAGCGGCCGCCGCCCCCUCCCCUGAUGAACGGGCUGCCCCCGCGGCCGCCCCUGCCCGACUCCAUGCCCCCCCCUCCCCCCGGGGGCAUGGCCCUGCCCCCCAUGCCCCCCUCGGGGCCGGUGCCACCCCCCCCAGUGCCCCCCCAGCUGCCCCCAGCGCCCGGGGUGCCCCCCCCCGCCCCGCUGCCCCCCAUGCUGCGGCCGCCGCUGCCCGCCGAGGGGCCGGGCACCAUCCCUCCUCCUCCUCCCUCCAACUGAGCCCCUCCUGGGCUCCAGCCCGUGGGAUUGGUGUCUUUUGAGCUGCAGCUCACCCCCCAUCCAGGGAACAGAUCCUUUUUGUACCUCUGCAAAGAUGGCUGAACUCUGUAGGUUCAUUAAAAGGUUUUUGAUUCUCCUUUCA